CUCCUUCCUUGUUCAAUCUCUACGAGUACAACACCACCUUAGUCAAUGGUCUCAGGUACGUCCCAGGAACUACAUUUAUAAACAUACACUAUGGCUGCAGUCCUGGUGUCCUGUCCAACGUACAGCUGCAGAGCAAUAUUAGUUGUUCUAUAAUUGGAACAAUCAACACUGGGGUGUUCUUUACUGAUGAAAUUGUUACGAAUGUUCUAGGAUGUUCCUUCACCAUACUGGUUCCUCUUGUUUCUACUGCUUAUAAGAAAUUGUGGGACUCAACUCUAACGCUGCAAGAUGCUGUGAAUGAGGGGUUUGAAGUGGAUUACAGUGAUGCCUCAGGUGGCUGUUUGGCAUGUCAGGAUUCAGGAGGUGUAUGUGAAUUUGAUCAAGAGUUUCGUUGUCGUUGUGGAGACACAACUUUUCCUUUUACUUGCCGAGAUAAUGGCAAGCCACCGGCGUAUUUGAUGCAACCAAACAUUCAAUUUGCAAGAAAGAUUCAUUUACUCAAGUUGACAACAGCAAUUUCAGUUGCUGGAAUUGGGAUGUUAAUCUGCUUCGGGAUCUGGUACACACAGUAUAGAAAGUCAUUCUACAAGUGCUUAAGAUUAAUUAACGGCAAAACAGAAGAUCAGAGUCUGGAGGCGUUACUUAAGCAAUAUGGUUCUCUGGCACCAAGGAGAUACCGCUAUUGGGAAAUCAAGAAAAUGACGCAUGGAUUCAAAGAUAAGCUUGGUGAAGGAGGUUAUGGAGGGGUCUACAAAGGUGAAAUUUCUGAUGGCCGUGCAGUUGCAGUGAAGAUUUUAAAAGCAUCUAAAGGUGAUGGAGAAGAAUUUAUCAAUGAAGUUGCAAGCAUCAGCCAGACUUCUCAUGUCAAUGUCGUGUCUCUUUUAGGAUAUUGUCUUGAUGGGAGGAACAGAGCUCUUAUUUAUGACUUCAUGCUAAAUGGAUCCCUCGAGAAAUACAUAUAUGGCGAUGUUCCUCUCUUGGGACUUCACAGGUUGUAUCAAAUUGCCGUAGGAAUUGCUAAAGGAUUGGAGUAUCUUCACCGAGGAUGCAACAAGAGAAUUUUGCAUUUUGACAUAAAGCCUCAUAACAUACUCCUGGAUGAGGAAUUCUGUCCUAAGAUAUCCGAUUUUGGUUUGGCAAAACUAUGCACCAGGAAAGGAAGCAUUGUAUCCAUGUUAGGAGCACGAGGUACGAUUGGUUUCAUUGCUCCCGAAGUAAUCAGUAGGAGCUUUGGACGAGUCUCACACAAGUCUGAUGUCUAUAGUUAUGGAAUGAUGGUUCUAGAAAUGGUCGGAGGAAGAAAAAAUGUCAAGGAAGAAGUGAGCCAUACAAGUGAGAUAUAUUUUCCUUACUGGGCAUAUCAACAUGUUCAGCUAGACGAUGACCUAAAGCUACAUGGGAUUAUAAGCAAAGAAGAAGAAGAAACUGCUAGGAAGAUGAUAUUAGUAGGUCUGUGGUGCAUCCAAACCGAUCCAGCACAAAGGCCAUCAAUGAGCAAGGUAAUUGACAUGUUAGAAGGAAGCCUGAUCUUAGAAAUCCCACCAAAACCAUUAUUAUGUACUCCUUAUUGUUCAGGAAGACAUUCUUUGACCACACAGGCAAUACCAUUGAACGCCUCCUUAAUUUCUCCAUCCAGUUCAUCACAUUGUUCCACUGAAGCAUCAGCAAUUUCAUAGGCGUAUAUGUAUUUUCACAGCUGCCAAAGACGAAACAUUCCAGAAGUAGUGAACUUGUUUUUUUCUUAAAUGAGUUUGAUUGGAAUUAUUUACAGUGAAGAAAGUAUUUUAGUAUAUUCUACGAGGGUGAACCUAAGGAAUGUUUAUCAUUUAUGAAGCCUGGUCUUUAAUCCUCUUCA